CUUGUACACUUCGUCAACCACAGCCCAUCCCCCCCUCGCCCAGCAUGGCUUCACUUCGCAAGCCAUCCCAGGCCAUCCCAUCACGGCCAGCGCCGGGCGGAGCACGCCGACGCGACCCGCUGCCCGGCGACGCAGACCGCAAGCGCGAUGCCCGCAAGUCCAAGGUCGAGGAGAAGAUGAAGUCGCGGCGGAUGAGCAUAAUGAGGUAUGCUGGUCCCGAGUCUUUCACUGUCGGUCCUGGCGCCCACGGAGUCGACUUCUUAUCAAACGACCCGUUCCAGGUCAUCUUGGACGUCGCGCCACCUCUCGAGGCCGACGAGUACGGCGAAAUUCGCGCCCCACCACCGAUGCCUAUAACAUCACGAGGCGGAUACUCCUCUCCCAAGGCCGCUCUUGGAACAAGAGAACUGCAGAGCUUAGAGGAGGACGACGAUGAUGAGCAUGGCAGCGUCCACGACGAGGCUAUCGGCACCAGGGCGCAAGCGGAAACUCACCAGGAGUGGGACUUUACCGAGCUCAAGGGCAAGGAUGUGGAUGUUGCUUCGUACGUGCGAAAGGUCAUGACUGGCGCCGAUGAGGAGGAGAAGGCCCGGCUGGUCAAGGCGUUGCACAAGCAGAAGGAGGCCAACGCGAAGGACCUGCAAAAGACGGUGACGGAACAGUACGCCGAGUUUGUCACCAUCUCGAAGGAGAUCUCGACGCUUGAGAACGAGAUGCUCGAGCUCAAGGAGCUGUUGACGGAGUGGAAGACGGUGCCCCAGCUAAUGGGCAAGGAGGACACGCUGGCGCCGACGCUGGACAAGGAUGGCAAUGUCGAACGCCACCGCGCCCGACGAAACUCGCCGCUCGACCUGCAACAGAUGUACAAGGCGCAGAUCACAAACCUGUGGUCGACAGUCGAAGGCUCGCAGCGAUAUCUUCCCCUGCAACAAGGUCGACACCUCAUGUUCGAAACACACAACUUUAUCGAGCUCAAUGCGGCGACAUACAAGCCCAAACAGAACAUCAGCCUGUUCCUCUUGAACGACUUGUUGCUCGUCGCUGGACGACGCCGGUUGAAGACCGGGCAGAACACGUCGGGCGAGAGCGAGCAAGGGCGACUGGUCGCGGAGCGAUGUUUCGUCCUCACCGACCUUGUCAUCACAGAUAUUAAAGACAGUGGAGACCUUACCAGCGCCCUCAAGAUUAAGAGGGGCAAGGAGGUCUUACUGUACCGCACCCCAAAGCCCGAGGACAAGAAGCAACUCCUCCAGGCGUUCCGCACCGUGGCGCAGGACCUCGCGGAGAAGAGGCGCAAGGAGAGCGAGGCCGAGCAGGAGCGGAGACGGACAAUGUACCAGGGCGAGCAGGGCGCCGCCGCGCGCAUGACGCGCAUGUCCCUGUUCAUGGAGGCUCGGCCGCUGUCAACAAUCGGCACAUCCCUCACCGACACCAAGGACCUGCUCUGGAUCGACGAGUUUGCAGACGACCUGACCAUGGCGAUUGCCACACGCGACUGGGACGAGGGCGUCAAGCUCGCCGAGAGAGGACACGGCCUGAUGCGCACCGUCGCCAACAACCCCGAGGCGAGCGAGAUGCUCAAGUUCCGCAUGGAGAGCCUCGAGCCCAAGCUUGUCGAGCAAAUCGCCAAGGACCUGGCAUCUACCGACAUCCGCAAGACGUCGGCCGCGCGCCUCAUCGAGCUGCUGGUCAAGCUCGAACGCGCCGACCUCGCGCGCGACACGUUCCUCAAGGCGCGACACGAGUUUAUGCUCAAGUUAGUCCGCGCGAUCAAGCACGAGGGUGACGUCGCAAUGUACAUCCACGAGCUGGCCGUGGUAUGCUUUACCAUUAUCCGACACACAUCCGACUGGUACAUGAACGCGUUCAAGGAGAACCGCAUGGCGUCAGCUGGCUUCGUCACAUGGGCGAAGAAGCAGAUUGAGUACUUUAGCGACGUAUUCCGGCGGCAGGUAUAUGCGCCCGCCAUUGAGCAGAACGUGGUGGACGACUGUUUGCGGGUCACAGCCUCGGCCAACCGCAAGCUCCUCCGUGACGUGGGACUAGACUUUACCUUCCUGCUCAACAGCCUGACAGAGCGGGAUGCUGCUGCUGCCGCUCGGCCACCACCGCAGAGCUCGCAGGCCGCGCGCGGGUUCCGCCCCGACGUGUCAUCGUUUGACGCGCCGCCAGCGAGCACUGGCCGCGAGCCGCCCCCCUCCCCCGGCGACCUGUCCCAGGGUUCUACGGCGCCGCUGUUCAUCUCCCGCCGAGCACGCCCGUCCGACGCCGGGCCGGCGCCUCCGCCGUCGGCGGCCAACGGCAACGGCCUGCGCAACGUCAGCAACAUGAGCAACGUGUCGGCCGCAAGCUACGCCAGCGACAUGAGCGGCGCGUCGGGCGCGUCGACGCCCGUCCCCCGCCCACCACCUAGAAGCGAGCGCCGCUCGCGGCCGCCCCCGCCACGACCAGUCUAAUGUACUAUAUUAUGCAUGACGAUGAUCUCUAGCCAAACAUCUUGGAGUACGCCUUCUUCUCUGCUUCCUUGCGUGCCUUGCGACGCGUCUCGACGCCACGGAGGGCAGCGAGGAUACCCGCGUCGUUGGGCACGAGGGCGCUGGCGGCCUUGAGGUCGGCCUCUGCUCCGUCGUCGUCCUUGAGCUGCGUCUUGGCCAGCGCGCGGCGGUAGAGCGCCUUGCCCUUCUCGGCGGGGGUGAGCCCGUCGACGUUCAGCGCGCGGGUCGCGAGCGAGGCGGCGAGCUUGGCCUGGGGCGGGGUCGUCUUGAGCGCAGCGAGCGCGGCGUUCGUGAGCAGGGGAAUACGCGUGGUGCGGUACGCCUCGACGAGCUUCUCGUCGGCGUCGGCGGGGAACGCGGGGUGGACGUCGAGGUAGCGCAGCGCCUUUUGGUACUUGGCCAGCGCCUGGACAAAGUUGCCGGCCUUGAACUCGGUCGUGCCGAGGUUCUUGAGCGUUGCAGCGACCUUGAGCGCCUCCUCGGGCUUCUCGGCGUCGACCGUCUCGUCGUCGGCGGGGUAGUCCUCCCACACGUCCUCUGAUCCGCUAGCCGCGGCCUCGGCGACGCGCGCGCGCUUGGCGUCCUCCUCGGCGACCUCCCCGGGCGUGAGCACGCCCGCGGCGGCAAUCACGACGGGGUCGAGCGGCUUGUCGUUCUCCGUCUCAAUGUCCUCGAUGCGCCGCACGAGCGCCUUGUUGGCCCGCACGCGGCCGAACACGACGUGCUUGCCGUCCAGGUGAGGCGUGGGCACCGUCGUGAUGAAGAACUGCGAGCCGUUCGUGUUGGGACCGGCGUUGGCCAUGGACAGGAGCAUGGGCUUCUCGUGCUUGAGCUCAAAGUUCUCGUCUUCGAACUUCUCGCCGUAGAUCGACU